CUGACGAAGAUGGGCAUGAUCCAGCUGCAGAACCCCAGCCACCCCACAGGGCUCCUGUGCAAGGCCAACCAGAUGCGGCUGGCAGGGACACUGUGUGACGUGGUCAUCAUGGUGGACAGCCAGGAGUUCCACGCCCACCGCACCGUGCUGGCCUGCACCAGCAAGAUGUUCGAGAUCCUGUUCCACCGCAACAGCCAGCACUAUACCCUGGACUUCCUCUCGCCAAAGACUUUCCAGCAGAUUCUGGAGUACGCGUACACGGCCACGCUGCAGGCCAAGGCGGAGGACCUGGAUGACCUGCUGUACGCGGCCGAGAUCUUGGAGAUCGAGUACCUGGAGGAGCAGUGCCUGAAGAUCCUGGAGACCAUCCAGGCCACAGACGACAACGACACGGAGGCCACCAUGGCAGACGGUGGGGCGGAGGAAGAAGAGGACCGCAAGGCUCGGUACCUGAAGAACAUCUUCAUCUCGAAGCAUUCCAGCGAGGAGAGCGGGUACGCCGGUGUGGCCGCGCAGAGCCUCCCUGGGCCCGCGGCGGACCAGAGCCCGUCCGUCUCCACCUCAUUUGGUCUGUCGGCCAUGAGUCCCACGAAGGCUGCAGUGGACAGUUUGAUGACCAUAGGACAGUCCCUCCUGCAGGGAACUCUUCAGCCGCCUGCAGGGCCUGAGGAACCGACUCUGGCUGGGGGUGGGCGGCACUCCGGGGUGGCUGAGGUGAAGACAGAGAUGAUGCAGGUGGAUGAGGUGCCCAGCCAGGACAGCCCUGGGACAGUGGAGUCCAGCAUUUCGAGCGGGAUGGGGGACAAAGUUGAGGAGAGGGGCAAAGAGGGACCCGGGACCCCAACUCGGAGCAGUGUCAUUACCAGUGCUAGGGAGCUGCACUAUGGGCGUGAGGAGAGUGCUGAGCAGCUGCCAACCUCUGCUGAGGCUGGCCAGGGUCCCCUAGGCCGACCAGAGCACCCGGCACCCACAGCGGAGAAACAUCUGGGCAUCUACUCCGUGUUGCCCAACCACAAGGCUGACGCUGUGUUGAACAUGCCGUCAUCGGUGUCCUCUGGCCUCCACGUGCAGCCCGCCCUGGCAGUCUCCAUGGACUUCAGCACCUACGGGGGGCUGCUGCCGCAGGGCUUCAUCCAGAGGGAGCUGUUCAGCAAGCUGGGGGAGCUGGCUGUGGGCAUGAAGUCGGAGAGCCGGACCCUUGGGGAGCAGUGCAGCGUGUGUGGGGUGGAUCUUCCUGACAAUGAGGCUGUGGAGCAGCACAGGAAGCUGCACAGCGGAAUGAAGACGUACGGGUGUGAGCUCUGUGGAAAGCGGUUCCUGGAUAGUUUGCGACUGAGAAUGCACUUACUGGCUCAUUCAGGCACAGACAUGGCUGUCUUCUGUCUGCUGUGCGGGAAGCGAUUCCAGGCGCAGAGUGCGCUCCAGCAGCACAUGGAGGUCCACGCGGGCGUGCGCAGCUACAUCUGCAGCGAGUGCAACCGCACCUUCCCCAGCCACACCGCCCUCAAGCGCCACCUGCGCUCACAUACAGGCGACCACCCCUACGAGUGCGAGUUCUGUGGCAGCUGCUUCCGGGAUGAGAGCACACUCAAGAGCCACAAACGCAUCCACACGGGUGAGAAGCCCUACGAGUGCAAUGGCUGCGGCAAGAAGUUCAGCCUCAAGCACCAGCUGGAGACGCACUACAGGGUGCACACAGGUGAGAAGCCCUUUGAGUGCAAGCUGUGCCACCAGCGCUCCCGGGACUACUCGGCCAUGAUCAAGCACCUUCGGACGCACAACGGAGCCUCGCCCUACCAGUGCACCAUCUGCACCGAGUACUGCCCCAGCCUCUCCUCCAUGCAGAAGCACAUGAAGGGCCACAAGCCCGAGGAGAUCCCGCCCGACUGGAGGAUAGAGAAGACGUACCUGUACCUGUGCUACGUGUGAAGCCGGGCCAGGAGGGGCGGGGGAGCGGAGCGAGAGGCGAGUCAGAGCAGGGUGAAGUGGAGGAAGGACUGUGCAAAUAUAUGCAUCUCUCUAAGGAAAAAGGGAGAAAAGGAACCCUGGUAGCUGUCUGGCGUUGGAUUUUCUCUGGGGCGCCAGGCGACCAGGAUGCCUGGCCACUGCCCCUUCCUGGGGCCACCAUCCCUCCUCUCCUGGCUGGAGGUUAGCCUGAUUUCUUGGGUGGGGGUAGAGAGGGGUUUGUUCUGCUCAGACCCUUUUUAUGUCCAGAAAUGGAGGCUGGGAAGAAGGUGAGGGGUUUUCUGGUCAGGGCCAAGCAGUCUCUGCCUGCCAUCCACAAGGACUCCUCAGAAGAUGGAGGCAGGGGGACCGGGGGGUGGU